CCUCCCGCUCCGGCCGGGCUGGUGAGCCAGAGUCUGCCGGAGUUGGCUGGAGCUGUUGCCAUGACAAGCAUUUUCUCAAGAAAGCUCUGCUGUUGAAACCGUCUAAAGCUGGGGGUUGAAAGGGGGCACGAACUUCCUGGGGAACCAUCCCUCCGAGGAGAGUAAGACCAGAGACACCCGCCCAGCUCCCCUGCACCCUUUCCUUCCAGAAACCUGAGAGGUCCUUCCCUUUGGGAGGGCCGGGGAAGGAGACCCAGCCCACUCCCUGGUCGUGGCUGGAAAGGCCGAAGAGACCAGCCAGCAUCUCCGGCGUGGUUGCCACAUUGGACCGGUGGGUGGUCACCCCCACCCUACCCCUGUGCAUGGAAAGCCAGAGGGAGAUUCCCGCGUGGAGAAGCCCGGAUCUUUGCUAGAAAGAGAGAGAUCCCGUUGUCAUCGGUAUCCAGGGAACCCUCCUCUUCCUCCUCCUCCUGCCGCCUCUCUACCACUGCAGUCGCUGGUUGUUGCUAAGGUUGCCUCCAUGGUAACAUGCACAUCCUGUUUACACCUCCAUCUGGGCAAGUUGGUCUAAGCUAGGAACCUACCUACCCUGGACAACCACUUCCAUCACCACCUGGGGACACCAAUCAUCGUGACACGUGGUCCGGUUCCACUCAGUUCCCCCAUCCUCUUCCUCCUCCCACUGCCAAGCUUCAUACUCAGAAAAGGAUCUGGGCUACGGGUUGCUACUCUGAAGCUUAUUGCACAAGAUAUAGUCGAUCUAUUUCCCAUCUGGGCUCCCAGUGAAGCAAAAAGUAAGAAGAAGUGAGGCAGAGAGGCAAGAGACCCUGAUCAGUGGAAGGGAAAUUUCACAUUUUCUCUGGUUGAGGGGCUUGGUAACAGCAGGCAAAAUGACGAACCCAACAGAACACGCCUUGCCAGGCAACUCGAUAAUUGAGAGCCAUGAAGGGGAAUUUGGCUGCACAGUAAUGGACCUGAGGAAGCUCAUGGAGCUGCGUUCAACUGAUGCAAUAAACCAGAUCAAUGUCCACUAUGGAGGAGUAAUGAAUCUCUGCAGUAGACUGAAAACCAACCCUGUGGAAGGCCUAUCUGGAAACCCUGCAGAUCUGGAGAAACGUAAACAAGUAUUUGGACAAAACUUGAUUCCCCCCAAAAAGCCCAAGACCUUUUUAGAAUUAGUGUGGGAAGCCCUUCAAGAUGUCACACUCAUCAUCCUGGAGAUCGCAGCCAUCAUCUCCCUGGUCCUGUCCUUCUAUCGCCCCCCUGGGGAAGAAAAUGAACAGUGUGGUCUAGCCGUAACUAGCCCAGAAGAUGAAGGGGAGGCAGAAGCCGGCUGGAUUGAGGGGGCAGCCAUCUUAUUCUCAGUGAUCAUCGUGGUGCUAGUGACUGCCUUCAAUGAUUGGAGCAAAGAGAAGCAAUUCCGGGGGCUGCAGAACCGCAUUGAAAAGGAACAGAAAUUCUCCGUUAUCCGAAAUGGUCACAUCAUUCAGCUCCCUGUGGCUGAGAUCGUGGUGGGUGACAUUGCCCAAAUCAAAUACGGUGACCUGCUGCCUGCAGACGGAAUCCUGAUCCAGGGCAAUGAUCUCAAGAUUGACGAGAGCUCUCUGACUGGGGAAUCGGACCAUGUCAAAAAGUCCCUGGAAAGAGACCCCAUGUUGCUCUCAGGGACCCAUGUCAUGGAAGGUUCUGGCCGAAUGGUAGUGACUGCUGUGGGUAUCAACUCUCAGACUGGAAUCAUCUUUACCCUCUUGGGGGCCAGUGAGGGGGAAGAGGAAGAGAAGAAGAAGAAAGGUAAAAAACAAGGAGUCCCUGAAAAUCGCAACAAAGCAAAGACUCAGGAUGGAGUGGCCUUGGAAAUCCAGCCACUCAACAGCCAGGAGGGGAUCGACAAUGAGGAAAAGGAGAAAAAGGCAGCCAAGCUGCCCAAAAAGGAGAAGUCGGUGCUGCAGGGCAAGCUGACGCGCUUGGCUGUUCAGAUUGGGAAAGCUGGUCUGAUCAUGUCUGCAAUCACAGUUCUCAUCCUGAUUCUGUACUUUGUGAUCGACAACUUUGUGAUACAGCGCAGACCAUGGCUGGCUGAGUGUACUCCCAUCUACGUCCAGUACUUUGUCAAGUUCUUCAUCAUUGGCAUCACUGUGCUGGUGGUGGCUGUGCCAGAGGGGCUGCCACUGGCAGUCACCAUUUCACUGGCUUACUCUGUGAAGAAAAUGAUGAAAGACAAUAACCUGGUACGGCACUUGGAUGCUUGUGAAACAAUGGGCAAUGCCACAGCCAUCUGCUCUGAUAAGACAGGCACGUUGACCAUGAACCGCAUGACUGUGGUGCAGGCUUAUAUCGGAGAAACCCAUUACCAUCAAAUCCCAAGCCCUGAUGUCCUCGUGCCCAAGGUCCUGGACCUUAUUGUCAAUGGUAUUUCUAUCAACAGUGCCUACACCUCCAAGGUUCUGCCUCCAGAGAAGGAGGGCGGCCUGCCGCGGCAGGUGGGCAACAAGACCGAGUGCGCGCUGCUGGGCUUCGUCACGGACCUGAAGCAGGAUUACCACGCCGUGCGCAGUGAGGUGCCCGAGGAGAAGCUCUACAAGGUGUACACCUUCAACUCGGUGCGCAAGUCCAUGAGCACCGUCAUCGAGAAGCCCCGCAGUGGCUACCGCAUGUACAGCAAGGGUGCUUCUGAGAUCAUCUUGCGCAAGUGUAAUCGAAUCCUGGACAAGAAAGGGGAAGCAGUGCCAUUCAAGAAUAAGGACCGAGAUGAGAUGGUCCACACCGUCAUCGAGCCCAUGGCCAGUGAGGGACUCCGGACUAUCUGCAUAGCUUACCGGGAUUUCAAUGACGGAGAGCCCCCAUGGGACAACGAGAGCGAAAUCCUCACUGAACUGACCUGUAUCGCAGUGGUGGGCAUUGAGGAUCCUGUGCGCCCAGAGGUACCGGAAGCUAUUGCCAAAUGCAAGCGAGCUGGCAUUACUGUCAGAAUGGUGACAGGUGACAACAUCAACACAGCCCGGGCCAUCGCCACCAAAUGUGGCAUUGUGACACCUGGGGAUGACUUUCUGUGCUUAGAAGGCAAAGAAUUCAAUCGACUCAUCCGAAACGAGAAGGGCGAGGUAGAGCAAGAAAAGCUGGACAAGAUCUGGCCUAAGCUCCGGGUGCUGGCGCGAUCUUCCCCCACUGACAAGCACACACUGGUGAAAGGCAUCAUCGACAGCACUGUUGGGGAGCAGCGGCAGGUGGUGGCUGUCACUGGGGAUGGCACAAAUGACGGGCCGGCUCUGAAGAAAGCAGAUGUUGGUUUUGCCAUGGGUAUUGCAGGCACGGAUGUGGCAAAGGAGGCCUCUGACAUCAUCCUAACAGAUGACAACUUCACCAGCAUCGUGAAGGCAGUGAUGUGGGGACGAAACGUCUACGAUAGCAUCUCCAAGUUCCUGCAGUUCCAGCUCACUGUCAACGUGGUGGCUGUGAUUGUGGCCUUCACUGGCGCCUGUAUCACCCAGGAUUCCCCACUGAAAGCCGUGCAGAUGUUGUGGGUUAAUCUCAUCAUGGACACUUUUGCCUCAUUGGCCCUGGCCACAGAGCCUCCUACAGACUCUCUGUUGAAGCGUCGCCCCUAUGGCCGAAAUAAGCCUCUGAUCUCACGCACUAUGAUGAAGAACAUCUUGGGUCACGCCGUCUAUCAGCUCACUGUCAUCUUUUUCCUUGUCUUUGCUGGUGAGAAAUUCUUUGACAUUGAUAGUGGGAGGAGAGCACCUCUUCAUUCACCACCCAGCCAGCACUACACCAUUAUUUUCAACACCUUCGUGCUGAUGCAGCUCUUCAAUGAAAUCAACUCCCGCAAGAUCCACGGAGAGAGGAAUGUCUUUUCGGGCAUCUUCCGCAACCUCAUCUUCUGCUCUGUGGUCUUGGGCACAUUCGUCAGCCAGAUUAUCAUUGUGGAAUUUGGGGGGAAACCCUUCAGCUGUACGAACCUCACCCUGUCCCAGUGGUUCUGGUGUCUCUUCAUCGGUAUUGGAGAAUUGCUGUGGGGCCAGGUCAUCUCCACAAUACCUACCCAAUCCCUGAAGUUCCUAAAGGAGGCUGGGCAUGGCACCACCAAAGAGGAGAUCACCAAGGAUGCUGAGGGGCUGGACGAGAUUGACCAUGCAGAGAUGGAGCUGCGCCGAGGCCAGAUCCUCUGGUUCCGGGGCCUGAACCGUAUCCAGACUCAGAUCGACGUAAUUAACACAUUCCAGACGGGAGCCUCUUUUAAGGGAGUCCUAAAGCGCCAGACCAUGGGUCAACACCUUGAUGUAAAACAUGUUCCUAGCUCAUCCUAUAUCAAAGUGGUCAAAGCAUUCCAUAGUUCCCUCCACGAAAGCAUUCAGAAACCCAAGAACCAAAACUCCAUCCACAACUUCAUGACCCACCCUGAAUUUGCCAUAGAUGAGGAGGGGCCACGAACACCACUCCUGGAUGAGCAAGAAGAGGAAAAUUUUGAAAAGGUCUCUAAGCCUGGGACUAGGAUGCUUCCGUUGGAUGGUGAGGUCACUCCACAAGCCAACAAAAACAACAAUGCAGUGGAUUGCUGCCAAGUGCAAAUUGUUGCCUGCCACUCAGACAGCCCUCUACACAGCCUGGAGACAUCAGUUUGAACUUCAUUCUCUGACUCCCAUUCCUGCCUUCCUUAUUUCCCUUUUCAUCUACCCCGUCACUAAGGGGAUGAUGGGACUUUUCACUGUCAUGUCAGCUGCUCCCAAGUAUGUGUGAACCCCCACCUGGCCAUGAAGAGGCAAGAGCACAGACCUACGAGGACUUCAGCUGAAACCUGAGUUGGGGUUUGUAGCAGGACCCAGUUAGACCCCAGGCAAGUAAUGAAUGGUAGAUCUACUCCUUGCCUGUAUCAGUUGUCAUUUUUAAAGAAAUGACAAGAAUCCUUUUGGCAUUUACCCCAACCCAAAUUCUCACCAGUAUUCAUACCUGUGUCAUCCAUCUCCUCAUUUCUGGAUUUUUACCCUAUGAGUCUGUGCUGUUUACAAGCUCAGUUAAAAGUUCAGAGUGACAAAUAUCCUCAAAUGAAAUGUGUUGAGGUAAGAAUGGAAGGUAUAGAAUCAGCCUAUAGAGUGAUUGUUUUAAAACAAUUUUUCCAUUUUGAAAACUUAUACCUAAAGCCCUUUACCUCUUUCUGCCCUUCCAGUCAAGCCUCCCCAUGGUCUCUUGGUCUUUUGUGACCAUUGUCUUCCUUAGCUUCACUAUUUUUUUUUUUUUAAGUUGUGAUGAUUAGAAAAUGGAAAGGACUUGGAUGAGUUAAGUCGACUUUGACCAUUCUCCCUUCUGGCCCCAGUGGAGCCCUUGAUUUAGUUCUAGAGGCAGAUAAGUUUCUUUGCUAACAGGGUCCUUUGGAAGCAAUUGAGAGCUAGUAAAAAUAUAUUCCUGUUGUUGCCAGGUUAUCUACUUCUAAACUGCCAUCUUGUCAGGUGUGUGUGGUUUCUAAGUGCCAGGGAGAUCAGCAUUGACGUGAAGCUUGCAUAUAUGCGGUUUGUAGUUUUUACUUGAAGCCUGACCUUUCUCCUGUUCCUAAAGUGGUGGCAAAGGAAUGAAUUAAGAAUGACCUUGCCUCCUAACUGGACUUGGAAAACAGACCAUCAAAGUCAACUCUGUGGAGUCCUCCUCAGGGUGACCACUACUGCUUUCAAAGCCAUCCACCAAGGCUCUUCCAGGGCAGGACCUGAUUGUUGGGAGAGUAAGUACUGAGCAGCCUUGGGAGAGACCAAAGUGCCAUUCCAGCAGCAUCUGAGCAAACCUUCCUCUCAGAAACCAGAAACCUUGAGCUUAGAUGGCUGGGGACCAGCUUUGACAUGCCCUUUAGUUUUCUAAUUCUACUCUUUGCCAUGUCCGCUAACAUCAGUCUCUGAAAAGGCCCCAGCCUUUCUCAAAUAUUCUGAUUUUGAAAACAUGUAUCCAAAGUGGGAGGCUUCAGUGACGCUUUGCCGACUUAAAGGAGCAAAAGACCCACCCUGUAAAGCUCGCCUCCUUCCACCCUCCCUCUUGCACACCCCACUCAAGCCCCCUCCAGAAUGUGCUCAAUGCUGCACUGUUAAGCCCUGUGCCUUCUCUCCCUGAACACUGCCCAAAGCAUCCCCUUCCCACCGGUCUCUCAGGAGCCAGGGACUUGGCUAGGAGAUUUGUUAAGUGUUCCUUAAUGCAACAGGGUGGAGCCGCGUUUGCAGGAUCUCCAUUUCUAUCCCUACCAUGCUGCUGUAAGCUCUUCCGUGUAGGGGUCAGCUCAUGUCUGCCAAUUCCCAUCUCCCACUGGGUAAAUGAAGCCUACCCCCUCUUUCUAGAGUGAUGGGAGUAGGGAGAAGGGGCUUGAGGCUGUUAGGAACUGCCAAAUUUCCAUUUGGGAGUCAGGUGACCCGAACCUCUCCUCUCCGGCCUUUUCUUCUGGAUCUCUCCUCCCUCACCCUUUCACCUGAGCUGCCCUAGGAAGGAAGAAUAAAGAAACAGUAUCCCCUGCACAUCCCUAUUACUACAUCAGCUACCGAUCUGAUUUUGGUUUUGUAAAGGUUACAUGUUUCAGUGAUCUUUUCUCUGUCUUCAGUACUAAUGGGGGAAAAAAUAGCUCACCCGAGGCGUUAGGUGUUCACAUAUAUAUUUAUUAAGUACAGUGGAAGAUUUAGUUCUGUCGAGUCUUUUUAUUACCUCAGAUCAGUUUUUAAAACAAACUUUGGAGGCUAUUUUAUCAUUCCUGCUCCCAAAAGACUCUCAUGGUGCCUGACAGGUUACUUGUGAGGGCUUGUGUCUACUUGUUUAAAGUCAAUGGGGAUUUUGUGUGUAUUCUAGUUUCCAUAGUAGGAGAGAAAAUAUAGACAUAUUAUGCAAAAAAAUAUAGUUUUCUUUAGAUGAGAAACUGAUAUUUUUUGAGUCAGCCAUAUGUACUUUGUUUAAAGGAUUUAAAAUAAAGUGCUGUCAUGUAACCCUGUGGAAGGGAGCACAUAACCAGCUGUUAGACAUGGCAGGUGACUUAUAGUAUAUUUGCAAUUGGUUUUAAAACCAAUGCACCAAACUUCCUUUCUCCAAACAGCCAUCUUUAUACUUAGGGGAAAAAAAAUUUGUUGGGUUCUAGAAUGUUUUUAAUAUAAAUUUGCUGAUGUGGAAUUAAGUUUAAGUGUUUAUGUGCAUAUAUUUUUUAUAUAAAUUUUUUUUUCCUGUUCAGUUUCAGUGAUCCAACUGGCAGUGAAUAAAUAUGGCAUAAGUUAAUAAAGCUUUCCCCAAAAACGGUGCUUUGGAUUUGAAAAGGGUCUGAUGGGGAAAAGGGGGAAAUAUUUUCCUAGAUUCCUCUCUUGAUAAACCUAGAAGAAUGGGCAGUGGGUUACGGAUGGGAAGGAAGCCAUCCAGGAAGAAGGGACAGCCAGCAGGAAAUGAGUGUGCACCCCCAUGGAAAUGGGUACCAGGAACUCGUGAUCAGGAUCAGGGACCUCAGAUAGAUUUAUAUUUCUUGAAGAACAGCUGGCAGAGUGGUACCCAAGACACUGGGCUGCAAGGAUACUCUCUCUGAUUUGGGGUUUGCAUUUUUUAUGGUUCUUUUCACCUCCUGUUUCCCCUGGAGUUUUCCAUUAGCGACUUUUUGUGCAAGGAUUUGAUUUGAGACUUCCUUCCCUGCCCUAGAAAAGUUUCACGUAAUAUAUUAGUUGGGAGGUAGAGCUCUAAGUGGAAAAAUAAAGGCUGGUUCUAGCCUGGGUGACAGUCUUGACUAGAUCCUUCCCACAGGUGCCCUCUGCCCUCUGAAAUGACUCUCCAACUCUAAAGGUUGUAGAGAGACCACCGAGAAAUCCCGCCAGCACUUGUGAGUUCCUUAGAGUUUGCGUUCCUUCUUCCCGUUGAGCUUCAGAGGGGGGAGUCUGCACACUUAAAUCUGAGUGAUGACCUUACUGCCAAAAACCAGAGGGGUGUGGCAAGCUCACAUGUGCCCUGAAACCUCUGAACACGUCACUUCCUUUCUUUCCUCCUUUCCCUGCCUAGUGAUUGAAGCAGCCCAUGAUGCCAUCACGAAGUGCGUACUUCCUCACUCUUCCUCACUCUCCGUAUCUGAGGACCACCCCACUACUGUGGUGGGGGUGGGGCACUUAUAAAUGUCUGCUCUUCUUAAGCCAUUCCAGGCUCUUCCUCAGAAAAGACCAGACACCCUUCCAUUUAGCUCAGUGCUGUCCUUUGCCUUCCCAGCCCUGCUGUUGGGCCUGCUGUCCCCUUUCCUCCUGAUUAGGAGAGAUGGAGGGAAGUGAGCUCCCCAUGGCUGAAUUGGCCUUUCGUUCAUGUUUCUCCCCAUAUGUAUAUAUGCCAUAUGUGAAUAUGCCAUAUAUAUGUGCCAACAAAUCUAUCUGUGUUGUUCUUUUCAAAUCAACAGAUAGGAAUUUUGAGUUUCUUCUUUUUUUUUUUUUUUUUUUCUUCAGUAACUAGUAUAACAGGCACUGGUAUUUUUGUAUAAAAGGAAAAAAAAACAAAACAAAAGAUUGACUAUUGUGAUCUGCAUGACAUAAACAAACAAAUGGUGAUAUCAAAGCAACGUGUACCCCACUGUGUGUUGCCGUAAUCUGCAGUUCAGCUAAACUGUGCACCCAAUCUGUAUUUGCAUUUUGAUAUUAUUUAAGCUCUCUGUACAAUGUUUUGCAUGUAUUUAUAGGGUUCUUAGAAAAAAAAUGCUAUAAACUGGCAAAUCUGAAAUUCAAAUAUGUUGUUCCAUUGAGAAAGGAAGAAUAGAAGGGGAGUUUUAAAAGAAGGGGGAAAAAAAGGAUAAUUUUUUUGGAACCAAUAAAGCUGUUGCUGACGAGCAGAAACCAAACUGUUGUGCACUGAGAAUAAAAACCCAUGCCCACUUGA